GCAGUCAAUUCUUAAGAACAAAUUCAGUUCGAAUCUAAACCCCAGCUAUAAAGAAGUUCUUUAAGCUUAUAAUCUCGUAACGUAAAAAUAUAUUCUUAAAACAUUAAAAUGAAAUUAUUAAUAGUUCUUGCAUUCAUUGCUGUUUUUGCUGCUGUUAAUGCCGAAAUACCCAAAGAAGAUGAUGAGGAACAUAAUAAAAUCAUUGCCGAAUGCCGUCAGAAAUUCAAAAUGACCGAUGAAGAAUACACCAAAUUGCGCCAUGAUGAGGUUGCUAAGCCAAACGAGGAUAUGCAAUGUUUCGUCAAUUGCUUCAUGGAAUCUGCUGGCAUGAUUAAGGAUGGAAAACUUCAACAUGAUGUUGCUACUGCAAUUAUAUCCAAAAAAGUUGGUGAAGAAAAGGCUAAGACCAUUUUGGAAACAUGUCAUGGUGAACAAGGUUCGACAAAUUGUGAAACUGCAUACAAAUUGCACAAGUGCUUGUACAAAAAUAAAGCCUACUAGGCUAAAGUCGUGAAUUUGCGGUAUUUGAUUUGUUUAAAGUUUAAGUACCUAUACUAAUAAUUGUUUAAAAAAUGUUAUAAAACAAAAUUCCAAAAAAUA